AUGUCUAUAAUAAUCAGUCAUAAAGACUCGCCGAUUCAUUUUUCACUCAACCAUCCAUCAUUGAAUAAUGAUGAUAAUGAAGAAAAUCUUCCAGUAAUUCAUUGUCAAAUCUCAUCGAAUUUAUAUUUUUACACUGUACUUCUCAGUGAACUUUCAUCAUCGUCCAAUUUUGCAAAUAUAUUCUAUUAUCUUGUCAGACAAUUUAAUAAUAAAUCCUAUCGAAAACGUCUCAAAUAUAUUUUUUCUUCAAUUAAUCAUCGUCAAAAUAUUAUUUAUUUACAAGUUUAUCCUAAAAUAAAUCAAUUCGAUGAAUGGAUUAAUCGUUAUUGGGCAUCGAUUCAAUUGUCUGUUUUAGUAAAACGUGUUCGUUAUGAAUCAUCAUGGGCAUGGUUAUCAACAUUAGGUGGUGGUCAUUCAUGUCUUGGUGAAAUAUCUGCUGAACAUGCAAAAGAAGCUGAAGCAAUAUCAAAAAAUCAAAUACGUUUAUCAUCUGAAAUUGGUGAUCCAAAUGCAUUAGUUAAAUCUUAUUUAUUUUUGUCAUUAAGUUAUUUACAACAGAAGCGUUAUGAUGAAGUGCGAACUAUACUUCGAUUUCAAUAUCGUCGUAUUCAACAAAAAGAUAUUACUGAAGAUCGUUUACCAGUAAUGUGUAUUGCAUUAUGGAAGAAAAUGAAAUAUGCUAUAAAACUGAAUCAAUAG